GCCCCAGCGCCGGGGCUGGAGCAGUCGAGAGGGCGGCCUCCCGCCGCCUAGAGGCGCCGGCCCGCUCGUCCGCUCUGCCUGUGCCCCGUCUCUAUGGCGGCCCCAACGGCCGUCCAGGACGUGGAGCGAAAUGAGCUCGGGCGCUGACGGCGGCGGUGGCGCUGCGGUGGCGGCGCGGUCGGACAAGGGCAGUCCCGGGGAGGACGGUUUCGUCCCGUCGGCGCUGGGGACCCGCGAGCAUUGGGAUGCUGUCUAUGAGAGAGAACUGCAAACUUUCCGAGAAUAUGGAGAUACAGGUGAAAUCUGGUUUGGAGAAGAGAGUAUGAAUCGACUAAUAAGGUGGAUGCAGAAACACAAGAUUCCACUGGAUGCUUCAGUGCUUGAUAUUGGAACUGGAAAUGGUGUUUUCCUGGUUGAACUUGCAAAAUUUGGUUUCUCUAAUAUUACUGGAAUUGAUUACUCUCCUUCUGCAAUUCAGCUUUCUGGAAGUAUUAUAGAAAAAGAAGGUUUAUCUAACAUUAAGUUAAAGGUAGAAGACUUUUUGAAUCUCUCCACACAGCUGUCUGGAUUUCAUAUUUGUAUUGACAAAGGGACUUUUGAUGCCAUAAGCCUUAAUCCUGACAAUGCAAUUGAGAAGAGGAAGCAAUAUGUGAAAUCUCUCUCCAGGGUGUUGAAAGUAAAAGGCUUUUUUCUAAUAACGUCAUGUAAUUGGACCAAGGAAGAGUUGCUAAAUGAAUUCAGUGAAGGUUGGAGUACAGUGGCAGGAUUUUGGCUCACUGCAGCCUUGACUUCCUGGGCUCAAGCGAUCUUUUCCACUUCAGCCUCCCGAGUAGGUGGAACUACAGGCACACAUCAUCAUGCCUGGAUAAUUAUUGUAUUUUUAGCAGAGACGAGGUUUUGCCAUGUUGUCCAGGCUGGUCUGGAACUCCUGGGCUCAAGUGAUUCUCCCACCUGGCCUCCCAAAGUGCUGGGAUUAUACCAUGCCAGGCCCUCGUUGGCAUUUUAGAUUUGAACUUCUCGAAGAGCUACCAACACCCAAGUUCAGCUUUGGAGGCAGAUCUGGAAACAGUGUAGCAGCAUUGGUUUUCCAAAAAAUGUGAGACUUUUUCUUGGACAAAUUCAGGUAGCUACACAGGAUCUACACAGCAAAGUUAACCUGACACAGAAAAUCCUUGUGCAAAUAAAUGCUUAGUAAGUACACAGGAUGCACAUGUUGAAUAGAGUAUACUGGAUUGGUGAAAGAAAAUAAUAAUAAUGAGCAUCUAAGUGGUUGGGUUUUAGAGAUCAAUCAAGAAUAAUUUUAAUUUUCUUUUGUAUUUGAAAUGUAAAUAGUUUUCUUUUCGAUUAAAUAAAUUUCCUAUAACUGCUAAACAGUUAAAAACUUUAAAGUAGUAAAUGAGUUUAUAGAAAGCAUGUAUUCUUGAUUUUUGUGCCUUGGUAAAGUUGUUAACUAUUUAUGAAUAUUUGACCAAAUUAUUCCAGCAUCAGAAUAAUAAGCAAAAUAACUUUGUUAGUGUUUUGUUAGACUGUUUAUGAAAUAUAACAAGAAAUACUA